AUGGAUGAUGGGAGGUCCAAGCAGGAGGUCCAAGCAGGAGGUCCAAGCAAGUCAAUCGCCCUGAAAAGGGACUCGAUCACGCAAGGCUGGGGUUCGCGCCUAAAGCAGCGGAAAGACGUGUCAUCAUCGUCACACACAAGGGGUCAAACAAGCGUUCCAACAAAGAAAAUGGAGACGUCCCCGUCGGCAAUUGCAUUUCGGGGCAUUCGAAAUGUGGAUAUGAUUCCAUUUAUAAGGGACGUGAUUGACACGCUGCGCGAAUUUGACCUGCGUCGCCUUGGGAGCUCAAAGGUAUACAAGACCAGGAUGGAGACUGAGCUGCAGCCACACCUGGUGCCCCAUUGGGUGCAGCCCCUUCAGUUGCCCCCUCACGCUCCAUUCUUCCACACGCGCAUCCAGAAGUGGAAGCGACACAACAUGAUGCGCGUCCUCGAGGCUGCGGCUGACGAGAUUGCAGGGGACGACAUCAAGAUCGCUGAGGUCACCGAUGCCCUCCUCCGGCGUGUGGAGCCCAUGGGGCCCCACCUGCAGGCAGCCGUUGAUAGCUUCAUCCAACGGCUGAGAUUGAAUCGGGCUUCGGCCACUGGACCAAAUGGGGCAGUGCUCAGGGCAGAAGUUGUGCAGGCCCCACCUCGCGUGAAGGCGGAGCUCGGAACCCUGGCGACGAGCAUCAGUACAGAGGAAAUUCGGAUUAGAGGGCAGGGGACUAGGAGUCCCGUGGCAAAGUUUGUGGACGACUGCCUCUCGUCCAACUCAAGCCUGAAGCGGGCUGCAUCCGGGCCUCCCGAGAACGCUCCGCCAAAGCGGCAAUGCGUGUGGGAUUUGUCAAGCACCAAGAGCGGGACGCUCGCAGCAGUUUGCAACUCUGCGGAGAGCGUGGGCAAGAAGACGGCCGGCACACACGGGGCUCCAGAGCAGUGCUUCCGCUUUGAGGUGCCUGCGGUGGACACCCAGGCCAUCCUGGCUUUCCUGAAGGCAGGCCAGAAUGCAGGCGCAACCCUACCUUUUCCCCCGCUUGCAAACCUAGCAGCAAGCCACCCCCCCAGCAGGCAGUUUGACCUAGAGCAGCAAUAUGAUUUGCUGAGCUCUCUGGACGACUUCCUGGGGCCCAUCCCUGAGGGCGACGUCCCCCCCUGCCACGACGAUGACGUCUCAGAGAGCCACUCUGGCAGCGCCAGCCAGGUCCUGCAUGAGUUUGACGUUAGCAACGGCGUCAGCGAGCGGGUGGUACUUUCCUCGGAGGCCGACGAGCCCUAUCUGGACGACCUCGACUUUGACGAGUACCAGGAGGCGGUCUAUGCAGCCGCCAGCUCGCGGGCGGGGGACCGCGAGGGGCGGGAGCUGCUGGAGGACGCGCGCCUGCUGCUGCAGAGUGCGCUGAAGUUGGGGCAGUGCCCUCAUCUUGGGGCCAUCAGGGUUGCGCUCGUCGCUGAGAAGCUGUCUCCGGUGGUUGAGCAGAUGCGGGAGCGCAGCGAGGCGAUGGAAGCAGAGGAGCUGCAUGCGCUGGAGUGCCUGAGUGGGCUGCUCAUGGGGGCCAGGGAGCGGGUGCAGAGUGCCAUCGAAGAGGAUGCGGAAGACAUCCUGACUGAGAUCGAUUCCGACACCGCCAUCCGGCAGGAGGUUUCCAAGCUGGAGAAACUGGUCGACGACCUUGUGGCGCUUUCGGGCACUACUGUUUUGGAGGAGCCUCGCGUGCAGCUGCGCUUGGCGUCUGCCCACAACCGGCUGGCCUCCUCGCUAUCCCAGCAUGGAUGGGUGGAGGAAGCCCAGGCCGAGAUGGACUGUGCGAACUCCAUCUUGAGCGCGCUACGCGCCGUGUCCGCUGGCCCCAAGCAGCGGGCCCUCUCGCCCCCGCCCGAGUGCCCCAUCAGCAUGGAGAAGAUGCAAGACCCCGUGGUGCUCACCACUGGGCACACGUUCGAGCGCUCCGCCAUUGAGCGCUGGCUCAACGCUGGCAACACCACGUGUCCCAUCACCCGGCAGCCGCUCACCGACCUCGAGCUCGUCCCCAACGAGGCGCUGCGUGGUUACAGUGCCAGGUGGCACGCCGAGAACGGGCUUGCACAGCCUCAGGCGCCGAGCUGGCCGGAGCUCACGGUCGAUACGGCACCAAAGAAUUCUGCCCCGUUGGAGAAGGGCAGGGACCUGUUCCAAGUGGACGACUUCUUGGACGACGCUCUGAAGGGUGCCGGAACCGACAGCUUCGACGUCUUUGGGUUUGGGCAGGGAGUGAGCGGCAAGGCUGGGGAGAUGUACGCCUUUGAGGAGGGCCGUCAGUGUGGGGAGCAGGUCGCGGCAAUGGACCUGAGCUCGUGGAAUGUGGAUAUGAUGCAGUGGGCAGUCAGCACCUGAGCGGGUGUGAUUACAGGGAGCAUGGUUUGCCAACACGUGUUUUGGUGCGAGAGUCGUAGUCGGUUCGGGACUUUGUGGAUUCCCCUUGCCAGCGGGGAAGAGAAGAAUGAGGAGGAGGAUGUAACGGGUAAGACCGUCGUAGAAGGUACCACCACAUCUAUUAAGCAAGGUCCGAGUGUGUUGACUAGCUCACGCACCAGCGUUUUGACAGUAAUUACUAACUUAUUGGUCACACCCAACCAGAUUUUGCGCACCAGCAGUUACUUGGUGACUUUAGUUUUGCUGCCUUUAACCUAAGAACGCUCUAUCCGAGGUCAGACUGUACAGUUCUAAGCGAUCUGCAUAGGCCACCCAAACUGUAGGUGAUCGAUGUGAAGCACGUUGAUUCACCAUAGCCGCACAGGAGUGACGUUAGUACCUCAAUUCAGUAGUGCAAAGCAAUAGAAUUGCAGCCCGUACCGCCCGCCACUAGUUUAUUUGAGGACUAAUCAUCUGAAGCAAGAAUGCCGCUGAAGAACGAAAUGUUUCAAUCAUGCAGUCGUAAACUGACUCAAUACAACUUUUUGAUCUUGAAUUACC